AUGGUCAAGAAGCUUAAGAAAACCAAUAACACUUCCACAAUCUCUCCGGUCGAUACCCCGCCAUCUACAUUCACAGAUUCCCUUGUACUCCCGAAACUCAUCGUUUUCGACCUUGAUUAUACACUGUGGCCGUUCUGGGUAGAUACACAUGUCACACCUCCGAUAAAAGCAAACUCAGAACAUUCUGCGACUACCGAUCGUUGGGGAGAGAGUUUCGCUUUCUACAAUGAAGUACCUUCGAUUCUCGCACAACUCAAAAAUCAUGGCAUAAUGGUUGGGGCAGCAUCUCGCACAUCUGCUCCAGACCUAGGGCGAGAGAUGUUGAGAUUACUACACGUUAUGGAUGUAGAUGGGAAGAAAAGGAAGGCGAUUGAAUUAUUUGAUCAGCUUGAGAUCUAUCCAGGAAGCAAGAUUACACAUUUUACCAAACUGCAGAAGAGCACUGGUAUAGCAUACAAAGAAAUGUUAUUUUUUGACGAUGAGGCAAGGAAUAGGAAUGUCGAAUCCUUGGGAGUCAAGAUGUGUUUAGUGAAAGAUGGUGUUAACAAGGCUGAGAUAAACCGAGGGAUCAAAGAAUGGAGGCAAAUGCAUGGCCAUGAAACGAAAUCGUCCGGUUCAGAGGAUAAGGCUGGCAGCACUUCCAAUACAUAUAACGAGGAGAUGGAUGGUGAAGAAUAG